CUAUGGUGUGUUACUUUGGGAACUCCUGACCGGGGAGACCCCAUACAAAGGGAUUGACACGUUAGCAAUUGCGUACGGUGUGGCCAUGAAUAAACUGCGACUCCACAUACCUACCACGUGCCCGUCUAACUGGAGAAGUUUAAUGGAAGCGUGCUGGGAACAGGAGCCUCACUCUCGGCCGACCUUUGAGACCAUCCUCAAGAAACUGGACGAGAUCAGCCGGUCCAACUUCACGCAGACGCCCCACGAGAGCUUCCACACUAUGCAAGGCCACUGGAAGGUGGAAAUCGAGGAGAAGGUCAAUGAGAUUAGGAUGAAGGAGAACGAUCUGCGGUGUAGAGAGGAAGAAGUAAGGAGAGUACGGGUACAGCAGAAACAGAUAGCCGAGCAGCUCAAGAAACGCGAGGAAGAGCUACAUCACAGAGAACUGGACCUCCUGCAGAGAGAGAUCUCCAUCGCCAUCAUCCAGCAGCAGUCGGCCAAGCCCACGCCAAAGAAACGGAAGGGGAAGUUCAAGAAGAAACUCCUCAACAGGUCACACCAGAUUUCAGCUCCGUCAGAUUUCCGACACAACAUCACAGUGCAGCCGACUGCGGGUGUUGUGCUUAACCCUUCGAGUCCAGACAGCCCCCCAGGCUCCCCUAGCGUGCCCAGACUCAGGGCCAUUGCAUUACCAGCCGAUGGCGUGAAGGGCAAGACGUGGGGCCCCAGCACGGCGCACCAGAAGGAGCGAGGCCACAUCAUCCCGCAACAGCACGACAACCAAAAACGAUGGAGUAAGUCGGCGCCCAAUCUAGAGAAGCCAUUACGGCCCCUCCCUUAUACUGCCACCAUGACGGGGUUGAAUCAGAUCACAGCGUAUGGUCCCGAGAUUGAUUACAGCGGCGAAGAUGGAGGAUGGACAGCCAAACCCGUGCCCUUACGACCCCUGCCUGUCCCCACCCUCUAUAACGGCACGACUCCGGAGACUAAGGGUCAGCGGCCCAAAUAUUCGCCUCUUGAACUGAUUGUCUAUAAUAUUGCCGCGAUGUUGGCGAGUGUGGCAGCCGGCUAUGAUGUGCGGUUGUCGAACGUCACGGCGGUUCAUCCAAAGCUGUUACCAGUGAAGGCUGAGGAAGAUGACGCUGAGUACCAGAGAUGGCUGAGUAUGAGUGAGUACGAGUUUUCAAGUCCGUCGGGAUACGCUCACAACACCUACCACGGCCCAACCAGACACUCGCGGCCGGCCCUGGUGCUCGAACCUAAGCCAAUCAGGUUCACCGACUCUCCGCAACAUUUUGCUGGCCAGGCUGCUUUGCCCUCCUCCCAACAGGGCCCCAGGAGAAAGUCGUCCUCUGCGAGUAAUGACAGCGAGCAAGUGGCAAGCUACGGUGGUGGGGGGCAGCGUACUGUUUACAUCCCUGGCCCAGCCGAUUACCUGUGUCCAGAUUACCGCAGUGAGCAGCAGAUGGUGAUCUGGAGCGAACGGGGCGACCACUCUGCCCACGUGACCACCGUGCAACAACGGCCGCCCUCGCCAGUGCCUGAUGCCCCAGUGUACAGAGAGAUGUACCAGCACUUUCCUGGGGAUUUCCGCUCAGAGCCAGUUGGCUACUACUACAGUGAACGGGGUUACCACGAUCCGCCUGCAGAGUACCGUGCCAGCGUGCACUACGAGCAGCGGAUUUAUCCCCAGUAUGUCCGACGUCACACCUCGGCGGCAGCAGCAGCGGCGGCGGCGGCAGCGGCAGCCAGUGGGGAUGGAGGAUACCAUGCCUAUGACAACCCUUCCACCUCAGUGUCCUCAUCAUCAACAUCCACCAACCCUCGCACUCCCUCCAGAUUAAAUUUCCAGCAUAGGCGUACUCCAUCUUCAGUGUCAAAUGCUUCCACGUCUUCUUCGAAUAUCAACCCAUCCUUCAGGCUAGAGGAUGAGGGCGAUAGCUCGUAUUCCACGCCGACACACCGCAACGGACACUACGAGCUGCUAGGGGGACCGGCCCCUCCUCCCAGAGUAUCCCGUCAGAAUUCUCACGAGCUGGACCGCAUGGACAGACCAGGCACACUGGAUCUCCCCCGGCACCACCGCUCGUCUCUAAGGAAGUCGAAUUACACGUAUGGCAGGUCCUCCCCCAAGCCUCGCAGCGACCGGAGCGGGUCCGGUGGCUCGGGCGGGGGCACACCCACCAACCCCACCCCGCCAGACAGCAUGACGAGUGAGGACAGCAGCUAUGUCAGUGCCCCAGACAUGUACUCUGGCGGCUCCGGGGGAAACUCGACCGGAGGGGGACGUGUAAGAUUCUCACCUGCUUCUCACAUUCUUGGAUCAGAGGUUCCUCGACACACUCUUCUGGACAUGCCCGUAGAGGGACAGAGUCAGGACACGACAGAGCCUCUGACAGCGCUACAGCAUGCCUUCAGGCACCGUGAGCAGCAGGGCCUCCUCUCACAACCAAAUUCAUGGACAGCUUUUGAUGAUGGCAGUGACGAGAGGUUGUAGCAGCUCUCCACUUGAGCCACCAUGCUCUCAGGGGGGGCACAAGCCCAGUUAACAUUCCAGGCACAUAAAGAGGACGGUUCGUGAGUUUCUUUCAAGUAUUGCUUUAUAACUGUAGGAAAGAUUGAUCCCUUUGGAAGGUUUGUGGAUCUUGUAAAUUACCUACUUAUUCUCAUUACCUAUUUGAGACGAUUGGAGAGUGGUUCAGGAAACUUAAGUCAUCUGUUUCAAUAAAGAAACUUUGAAAACAGUGGAAGUGGAGAGAACUGUCCUUGUCGGACUUUCCCCCGACAGUUGUGGCGUAUGUGUUGUAAUCACUGUGCUCAAGCUUUCAGUUUUAUGUGGUUUGAUGAGAGCAGUGUAUAUAGUAGUGCCAUCUAGUUAUUUCUACUUGGUCAGGAUUGCUAUCAUUCCUAUCAAGUCACAACUUCUGUGAUCCUUGGGCAGCCUUUGUGUAACUUUUCACCUCUUAGAAUGAGUACCUAGUAUAGCAGUGGGAAGGAAGGAACAUAGAAGAAGAAGAAGAAGAAGAAGAAGAAGAAGAAGAAGAAGAAGAAGAAGAAGAAGAAGAAGAAGAAGAAGAAGAAGAAGAAGAGAAAGAAUAUAGAGGAUUGGGUGAAGGGAUGUCAUGGGCAGAGAACGGAAUAGGGGUGGGUGGGAAGGGAUUCAGGAAAAAGAGAGGGAGAGAAAGAGAAAGAGAGAGAGAGAGACAGACAUGGGAGGAAGUGAUGGCCUGAGGCCUUCUCAUCGCGUAAGAAUCGCUUAUUGGUAGUGUUAUUCCAGUUCCUCGUAUCAUUCUCUUAUAGGACGGUUGGUUGGGCUCUCAAGAUAAAAGUUAGGAUGAUGUCUUUUCUCUUAUCAAAGAAAGUUUCAUUAUAGUGAAAGCAGUUCAAGAAUGCAUUUUUUUUUUCUUUUCUUUUCCUUCUUUUUUUUUUUUUUGAUAGAUUAUGCAGCUCUGAAUGGUUUGAUAAUGGUUGUAAUUUGAUGAUUUUUUUGUGCAAUAUUCCAUGGUACUCAGUAUUGCUGUAAACUGACAUGAAAUGUGUUGAUUUGAAUUGGAAAAUUGGACGGAAAAAAUGAGAUCUGUAUUUAUCCAUUUUAGUUAAUGCUACGAAAUUGCAUGAAACAUAAAUGAGCAUUUACAUUGGAAAACAAAUUACAGUGUCUGCAAUAAUUGUGCCAUAAAGUUUUGCACUUCUUUUUGCCACGUGAAAUGUCAUUUGAUUAAUAAAAAAAGGGAAUUGCAUGCUUUUUCUCUUUUCUAAUAUUAAAAAAAAUCAGAGUAAUUAGUCAUGUGAAACUUUUGUCAUGAGAUUGUGUAUUAAUCGUUUGAUUGGGUCAUCAUUUAACUUUUAUACUGCUUGCCUUCCAGUCAAGUGAAGUGAAGUCUGUAAAAGUAAGGAUAUAUACAUAUAUUCAUGCAUGAAGACAUUUAUACAUAUACAUAUAUGCAUACAUAAAUACUUUACACACAUAUACAUGCACAUUGAAUGCAUGCACAGAAAGACAUACAUCCACAUGCAUGUGUGCGCAUGUGCGUGUGUGCACGCACACACACAGACACACACAGAUGCACACACACAGACACACACACACAGACACACACACAGAUGCACACACACAGAUGCACACACACAGACACACACACAGAUGCACACACACGGACACACACACAGAUGCACACACACGGACACACACACAGACGCGCACGCACAUGCACAUGCACAUGCACACGCACACACACAUGCACACACGCACACAGUGAGACACAGUGAGAGAUGCACACACCCACAUGCACAUGCACACAUGCACACAGUGAGACACAGUGAGAGAUGCACACACCCACACACCCACACACCCACACACGUAUGUGUAAAUAUGUAUAUUUAUAUAUGUAUGUUGUAUAUGUAUUUAUUUAUGUAUACACAUACCUAUGUAUACACAUAUAUUAUACAUAUUAUUUAUGUUAUACAUACAGCACAUGCAUAUAUACUCUAUAUGUAUAUAUAAUGUUGUGUUACCUACUUAAAUCGAAUAUGCCUCUUCUGUGAGAUGUAUAUGAGAGGUCUGAUAGGAAAGUCUGCAUUACUAGCCACUGGUUGCAUUAGCUUAGUUGAGUGUCGAAUUAUAAUUUGUGUGAAAUUAUGUACGCUGAAAUGUUGGUUUACGUGACCAGUUGGUGUUUAAGCUUUUUUUUAAUUUUUAUUUUUUUGUAAAAUAGGAGUUAUUUUCUUAUGAUAGAUAGGAAUUUUAACAAUAUUUGGUAUACAAGGAACAAAAUUUUUAAAGAUCGUUUUUCAUUAGCAUAGUUUGUAAGAAGAGAGAAGAAAAGAAAUACUUGGUUACCUACAUUCCAUUUUUUACAGUACAGUAAACUGACUAUAUUAGUACAUUAAAUAAGUAUCACACCAGUGCUAAAGAUGAUCUCUGUGGGAAGCAAGAUUUUUUGUUCAGUAGAAAAACAGGUUUAAUCUUUGCCUCUGUGCUCAGGUUUGAUGAGAAAGUUGUUAUUAAAGCCAAAAUAUGUAUAUGUAUAUAAACAAAAACAGUAAGUGUAUGCUACAUACUGUGAUUUUUGUGGUUUAUUUAUUUAUUUUACUUUUUUUUUUCCUGUAUUUCUUUUUUUGGCAUUAAUCAGUUAUUUGCCAUUGAGACCUGAAACAUGAAUGAUGGUUUUGGUUACUUAAGAUAAAAGUUUCAAGUAAAGCAUUAUUAUCUCAGGAUAUGACUAUGUUCAAUUUCAGGAUUCUUGAUGCAUGCAGAGAUAGUUUCAUUUCAUUUAUUUAUUUAUUUAUUUUUUUUUAGUAGUAAUAUGUUCCAUUGACUGAAAGCCAAGUUGUGACCUGACGCUGUUGUGCUCCAUUGAAUGAUAGCCGAGGCAUGACCUUGGACUGUCUUGUUCCGUUGAAUAAUAGUUGAGACAUGACCUGAGACUGCUUUGUUCUGUUUAAUGACAGGUGAGACACAAACUGAGACUGCUUUGUUCCUUUUAAUGCCAGCCGAGACACGAACUGAGACUGCUUUGUUCCGUUUAAUGCUAACCGAGACAUGAACUGUGACUGCUUUGUUCUGUUUAAUGCUAGCUGAGACACAAACUGAGACUGAUUUGUUCCAUUUAAUGCCAGCCGAGGCAUGACCUGAGACUGUUUUGUUCCGUUUAAUGCCAGCCGAGACACGACCUGAGACUGCUGUGUUCCGUUUAAUGCAGGCCGAGACAUGAACUGAGACUGUUACGCUCCACUAAAGGAUAACCAAGUUGUGACCAAGAUUAUCUUUGGCUGAACACCAAAGGUAAUUUCUUCUUGAUUGUGAUUUCUAUGGCAGAGUUACUUUUAGAGUGUCUUGUUGAAAACUUGACAGUAGGCAGGCGUGUUGUGCAAAAGGAAAAUUUUCCUUGUAGUUGUGAUGUGUGAAGGAGUGAGACUUCAUUUUUUUUUUUUCUUU